AUGAAUAAUAUGAAUAACACAAACUAUAAUAAUAAUAUGAAUAAUAUAAAUAAUAUGAAUAGUAAUUAUUAUAAUAAUAAUAAUAAUAAUAAUAUGAAUAAUAUGAAUAAUAUGAAUAAUAUGAAUAAUAUGAAUACAAAUAAUAAUAUAAAUAAUUUUAAUUCAAACAAGUUCGAUUUUAAUAACCUUAACUUUAAUAAUAAUAAUAACAAUAGCUUUAAUAACAACAAUGAUAACUUUAUAAAUAAUGUCUUUAAUCAUAGUAGUUUUAAUAUCAAUCUUAAUAAUAUGAAUAACUAUGAUAAUAACAAUAAUAAUAAUAAUAUAAAUAAUAAUAUGAAUAAUAAUUUAUAUCAGGGGAACAAUAAUUUAAACCAAUUUAACAAUAAUCAAAAUUUUAAUAAUAAUAUAUCCAACAACAAUUACAGUAAUAAUAAUUUUGGUAUUAAAAACUCUCCUUUUUAUACAAACCCCGAUAAUAUUGAUAAUUCCAAUAAUAACCCCAAUCAUCAUUAUAAUAAUAAUAAUAACAAUAAUGAAUCAAAUAAUAAUAUGAAUAAUAUGAGUAAUAAUAACAAUAAUAAUAUUAAAAUGGAUAAUAAACCAAAAAAAAUAUCUCAAUUUUUAACAGUAAUACCACCAGAAGUCGAUAAAGAAUUUAAGGCUGCAGGAGUAUUAUUGUAUGCGUAUCAUGAAGGAAAAAUUAAAUUAUUAAUGGGAUGUGAAGAUAGAACAAAAAAAGGAAAAAGUACUAUGCAGAAUUCAAAUGGCUUUUAUGCAUUUUUACCAUUUGGCGGCAAGGUUGAAAAAGGAGAAAAAGUAAUCGAUACAGCAACUAGAGAAUUUAAUGAAGAGACUGGUUUCAUAUUCAACGAUAGAAUAGAUGAUUUCCGUCAACUUUUCGAAUCUGAAAACACACACAAACUUUGGGUACCAAAUUCAAAAUAUGUUUUAUUUUUCGCAAAAAUUGAUUACGAUGAAAGCAUUCCAUCCAAAUUUGCAAAUAUUGACAAGUCACUUUUUGAUCACACCGAUCAGUUAUUUUUAGAAUGGAUUGAACAAAAAGAAAUGGAGCCAUGUAAAAUAUCCAACACAUUGUUUAACCGUCCAGAUGGAACCGUUGGUGAAUUUGCCAAAUUUUUCUGUUCAAUGUUUUUCUUUAUAAAACCAUUCUUUAGGGCAUUAUUAACAGAUUUCCAAAAUGGUGGAAAUGGUGCAUUUUCACCUAUAGACUUGAAGACAGGAAUUUCAAGACAACAACAACAACAACACCACCAGAGACAACUCUCACACCACUCAACUGUAAAAGAAAGAAAAUUAAAAAGAAAUAAAAAAAAUACAAAGUUAGAACAAAUAAAAAUGGUCACAAAAAAAUCAGAUACCAAUGUAAUUACCACCAAUAACACAAACCCCAAUACUACCACUAUUAAAAAGACAAAGAAAACUAAAACUGCAGAACAAUUAGAAAGA